GCAGUGGUGUGCAGUGAGUUCGUCACGUAGGUGUGCACGUAAAUGACGCACAACGAAUUUUUUAAAGAACGUUUUUUUUUACAUCGUUAAGAUCAUCUGUAAUUAAUAUUCUCUCGUAGACACCUUUCAACACUUAUUUACUUGAGGUUGUGUAUGCACUCUUUAUUCGUUUACGCUAUCAUACAAAAUGUUGGCAUUGGAACGUAUUCCUGAUCAAAUUGGAUACUUGGUAUUAACUGAGGAUGGUGCUGUAUUAACGUCUGGAGGAGAUCUAGAAAAUGAUGAGAGAGUGGCAAAUAUCAUUAUUAGAUUAGUCAGAUUGACCAAUAACAUUGAUCCUAAAGCAUUUCCUACACAUGAUGGAUAUGAAAAAAUAUCAAUCAAUUAUAAUAAUCAUUGCUAUGUUAUUUGUCUCUCUAAUAAGAAGAUUUAUGUGGUAAAGAGGCAACAGCCACAAUCUACUACAGCAGCAGUUAUUGAACAACAGCCUACCAUUGAUGUUUAAGUAUGGAUGAAAGCAUUGCACAUAAAAGAAUACAUUUAUUCUUUGUAAAUUGUAGAUAUCUGAUACAAGUUCCAUUUUUUCAAUUAUUGUAAGAGAUAUAUUGUCUUAUAUUUGUAGGAAUUCAUAUUAUAAGAAUAAUAAUUAAUAUAUGUUAUAUAACAUUAGGAAUAGUUAGAAAUGUGUUUCUCUAUUAGAUGCUGAAAUCUCAAUUUUUUAAAUAACAUUCUUCCAACAUGUAUUAUGACAGUUAUGGAUAUGAUUAUUCUUGAAAUA